AUGUCUGAUAAUAUUGACUGGUUACACAGCCGCAGGGGCGUGUGCAAGGUUGAUCUCUAUAGCCCAAAAGGACAGCGAGAACAGGACCGGAAACUAAUAUGUUUUGUUGAUGUGUCCACCCUGAAUGUGGAAGAUAAAGAUUCCAAGGAUGCUAGUGGUUCAGGAGGUAACUUAACACUGGAGAAUCUGGAAGAAAAAGAAAUUAUUGUGAUCAAGGAUACUGAGAAGCAAGACCAGUCAAAGACGGAGGGCUCUGUGUGCCUUUUCAAACAAGCUCCCUCUGAUCCUAUAAGUGUUCUAAAUUGGCUUCUCAAUGAUCUCCAGAAGUAUGCCUUGGGUUUCCAACAUGCACUGAGCCCCUCAGCUUCUAGCUGUAAACAUAAAGUAGGAGACGCAGAGGAUGAACAUCACAAAUUACCCUCUGGAAACUGCUACCGCGUCUAUGCCGAUCAACUGAACAUAGAUUAUAUGGCCAAAGGACCUCAAAGCCUACGUCUAGAAAUAGCAGCAGACAAAAACACCAACAAUAACCAGAGUCCUUCCACCCCUCCGGGAAAAUCUCCUAACUCUCAGAGGGCAGUAAUCUCUCCUGAGGGAGAAUGUUCUAUGGAUGAUCUUUCCUUCUAUGUCAACCGACUAUCUUCUCUGGUAAUCCAGAUGGCCCGUAAGGAAAUCAAAGAGAAAUUAGAAAAUGGAGGCAAAUGUUUUCAUCAUUCAAUCUAUCCACCCACUGGGGACAAAGGGAAAAACAGCCCCCGAAGUGUUGUGAGCAAGAUUGCUUCUGAAAUGACCCACGACGCAUUGGAAAUGACCUCUGCAGAAAUGCGGGGCACUGGUGAGGAGUGCAGGGAAGGUGGCCAGAAAACAUUUCUGUAUAGUGAAUUAUCCAACAAGAACAAGGGGGGAGACAAACAGAUGUACCAACGAGACAGCAAAGAAUUUGCAGAUUCUAUCAGCAAAGGACUCAUGGUUUAUGCAAAUCAGGUGGCAUCUGACAUGAUGGUUUCUGUCAUGAAGACCUUGAAAGUGCAUUCCUCUGGGAAGCCAAUUCCUGCCUGUGUGGUCCUGAAGAAGGUGUUGUUAAAACACACCAAGGAAAUUGUGUCCGAUUUGAUUGACUCCUGCAUGAAGAACCUGCAUAAUAUCACUGGGGUCCUGAUGACUGACUCUGACUUUGUCUCAGCUGUCAAGAGGAAUCUGUUCAACCAUGGAAAACAAAACGCUGCAGAUAUCAUGGAGGCCAUGCUGAAGCGCCUGGUCAGUGCUCUUCUUGGUGAAAAGAAGGAGACUAAAUCGCAGAGUCUGUCGUAUGCAUCCUUGAAAGCCGGAUCCCAUGACUCUAAGUGCAAGAAUCAAAGUCUCGAAUUCUCCACCAUGAAAGCUGAGAUGAAGGGGAAGGACCAGGGCAAAACAAAACCAGAUCCGUGCAAGUCAUUGACCAGUGCUGAAAAAGUUGGUGAACAUAUUCUCAAGGAGAGCCUGACUAUGUGGAACCAAAAACAAGGAAACCAAGGCAAAAUGGCUAGCAAAGCAUGCACCAAUAAGGAAGAAAAAAGAGAAAAUAUUAGCCCUUCCACAGAUUCAUUGGCAAAGGACUUAAUUGUCUCUGCCCUUAUGCUGAUCCAAUACCACCUGACCCAGCAGGCCAAGGGCAAAGAUACAAUUGAAGAAGACUGUCCUGGUUCUACCAUGAGCUAUAUGACUCAGAGUGCCCAAUAUGAAAAGAGCGGAUGUGGCCAAAGUGCCAAGGCGCUUUCAAUGAAACACCUAGAAUCUCGUGGAGCUCCUGGGCCAUCUACCUCUCUAAAGGAGACUCAACAGGUGGACUCCCAGAAGUUGGAUAUGUCAAACAUUGUUCUAUCACUGAUUCAAAAACUGCUCAGUGAGAGCCCCUUCAACUGUGACGAGCUAUCUGAAAGUGAGAACAAGCAUUCUGAGCCCAAAUCAAACAAAACGACUUCCAUGACAAAGAGAGGAGAAGAACAAUCUAAUGACAGUCAAGAACUUGACUUUCUCAGUGGGAUAAAGCAAAUGAACCGGCAAUUCAUCGAUCAACUGGUAGAAUCUGUGAUGAAGUUGUGCCUUAUUAUGGCUAAAUAUAGCAACAAUGGGGAAGCCCUUGCAGAGUUGGAAGAACAAGCAGCCUUGGCAAAUAACCUCAGUUACCAAGCUGGUGGCCCCAGAUGUGGUCACGAAGGUGCAAUGUCACGUAACUAUCAAGAUUCUCCUGGGCCAGAAGUCAUCGUCAAUAAUCAGUGCUCAACAAGUAAUUUGCAGAAGCAGCUCCAGGCUGUCCUGCAGUGGAUUGCAGCCUCCCAGUUUAACGUGCCUAUGCUCUACUUCAUGGGAGAUGAUGAUGGACAGCUGGAGAAGCUUCCUGAAGUUUCAGCUAAAGCAGCAGAUAAGGGGUACAGUGUAGGAGAUCUCCUUCAAGAGGUCAUGAAGUUUGCCAAGGAACGACAACUGGAUGAAGCCGUGGGCAACAUGGCUAGAAAGCAAUUGCUAGACUGGCUGCUUACUAACCUGUAA